AACAGAAACGAAAAAAAAAAAAAAAAAGACAAGAUAGACACUCUGUAAAUUGCUCUUUCUUCUCGUCCUUGUUCUCUCUUCACUAUUGAAACGACAUGGCAGGGGCAACUUCCACUUCUCAAAACGCAACCUUCGAUUCCGAGGUGGAUCCCAUCGACCACCUCCCGCUUUCCCUCCUCAGAUCCGAACUCAUCCCGCCUGCCGCGAACCUAUCCGAAUCCUCCAUCGACUGGCUACCUGACUUUGCCGGUUACUCAUGGGUUGCCUACGGAUCCUCCUCUCUCCUUGUGAUCUCUCACUUCCCUUCCCCUCUCUCCUCCGAACAAACUCUUAUGGGCCCCAUUUUCCGGCAAGUCUUCGAGCUUUCUUCCGGCGCUUCUUCCCCUGUCACCGCCGUUUCUUGGUCUCCGGUCACGCCUUCGGCGGGCGAGCUCGCGGUGGCGUCGGAGAAUUGCAUUUGCUUGUUCUCUCACGACUCGGCAACGUCGAAUUCCAAAGGUUCUUUUUGUUGGAGCCAGAAUGCAGUACUUUUACAAUGUACAAAAGUUGAGGCAGUUGAAUGGACGGCCUCUGGGGAUGGGAUAAUAGCCGGUGGAUUCGAGGUUGUUCUAUGGAAAAGGAAGAGUAAAUCCUGGGAAAUAGCUUGGAAAUUCAAAGCAGAUAAGCCUCUAACUAUGGUUUCUGCCUCCUGGUCCAUAGAAGGCCCUUCCGCAGCUGCAUCUUAUACACUGAUCGAACGAGGAGGAUUCAAUGAGCCUAGCAAGUCUGUUUUGGUAUUUUACAGGGAUGGAAGUUCUGGAUUUGCAAAAACCAUGUUAGCCCAUCCCCAACCUGUUUCAAUGAUUCAAUGGAGACCAUCGGCAGGGAAACAAUUUUUGAGAGAUGCAAUACAUUUGCGGAGACAUAUAUUGUUAACUUGCUGUUUAGAUGGAACUGUGAGGUUAUGGAGUGAGGUAGACAAUGGUAGAGUUAAAAAAGCAGGCAAGGAUGGUAGUUAUGAUCAUAAAACUACAAGACGGUCCUUUUGUGUUGCUGCUGUAAUUGAGAUAGAUUGUUCAUUGUGUGGAACUUUAGGGGUGGAUAUAUUUUUAACAUGGGCAAUGGAAAUUGGCGGUAUAGUUAAAACCUGUGAAGAAAUUAACCAGUAUUUCUGUACAGAAGGAUACAGGCGUGAAGUUGGUAGGUGUGAGUGGUUAAUAGGGUUUGGUCCUGGAAAAUUGGUUACUUUCUGGGCAAUCCAUUGUCUUGAUGACAUAUCUCCAAUGAGGCCCCCUCGAGUUACAUUGUGGAAGAGACAUGAGCUUCAGGGCCGUGAUGGACUUUCAACAUUAAAACAACAAUUACUUCUUAAAAAGGCUGUUAUCAUGAGAAAUUCUUUGUCUGGACCACCAACUGUAUGCUCUUUGAUUCAUUUAUUUCCUUCUAAAUCUUUGGUCUGGUCCAUGUUAUAUACCAAAACAUCAAAUGAUACAGAGGAUCCUAGUGGCUCCGGGACAGAGAAUUUUUUAUCAUGUUCAGUAGGUGGAAUUUUAGAUAUAGAUGGUCAUACCAGGACAAUCUUACAAGUUGCUAUACACCCCUAUGUCUGUGAAGUUGAAUUGGCUGUUUCUUUGGAUUCUAAUGGGCUACUUCUCUUUUGGUCACUUUCUACCAAUUCCAAUGGCAUUCUUGACCUUCCAACAUUGAUUCCCGCUUGGAAAAUUUGUGGAAAAUUUGCAACUCAAGAUAAAUGUUCUAAAUAUACAAGCUUGAGUUGGGCACCUUUAGUAUUGGCCGAAGAUCAGGUUCUUCUUAUGGGACAUGUUGGAGGAAUCGACUGCUUUGCAGUAAAGAUUUUUCAUGGUGAAGAAGAUGAUGUACUAUGUCACUACAUAUGCACUAUACCUUUUACAGGUCAUGAUCCUUAUGUGGAUGGUCCAACUAACAUAUAUUCAGUACCCUUGUCUUUGUCUUGUAAUAAAACUUCCAUGUGCAAUGGGUUUUUGCUUUUGGGCAUAUGGAUGAAAGAGUUUCGGGCUCUUUCCUGGGAAAUAACCAUGCACACUUAUGAGCUGACUGGAAGCUACUCUGAAUGUAAAUUCAAUGAUAAUAAUGUUGGUGAAUGCAGCAUGAUGAAAUUUGAAAAUACUAUUUCUGGUACAAGAUAUUGUCUUCAUGUUGUUCCUUCCUCAGCGCAGUUGCCUGAACCUCAUCUUUGUGAUCAGGUCACAAGUUUUGCUGUGAUCUCUCCUGGUGGUUUGACACCUGUGCAGCAAAAAUUACCUUUUGAUAAUGAUCCAUAUAGUAGUAAAUGUCCUGCAUAUGUUAUGGCCACAGGAUGCUCAGAUGGUAGUUUAAAAUUGUGGAGAUGUAACCCCUACGAACCAUCAAUUUCUCACACACCAUGGGAGCUUGUGGGUAUGUUUACUGCUCAUCAAGGUCCCGUCAGUGCUAUAUGUUUGACCACUUGUGGUAGGAAGAUUGCAUCCAUUGGCUCAGAUAGUCCGUCAAAUGCUGUCUGCAAUCUUUGUAUAUGGGACUCUAUACACCUGGUAAACUCGGGGACUUUUAUGUUAGAGGACACAUGGUCCCUUGAUGAAGAUGUUGUUGCUUUAAAUUGGUUAGCCCUAGGAAAUGGUCAGUUAUUACUUGCUGUUUGCAUGCACAAUGAGUUACGGGUAUAUGCUCAAAAGCGUUGUGGUGGUCAUGCUUUGUUAAACUCUAAAAAGUCUCUGGGUAUUCAAAUCUGGUUCUGCAUUGGGAUCAGUCAUACUUUUUCUGUUAUUCACGAUUUCUUGUGGGGGCCCAGGACCACAGGUGUGGUUGUCCAUGCUAGUUACUUGAGUCUUUUAAGUCCAUGGCUGUUCCUUUUAGACAAGAAACAUCGGACUGAAUACUCUGAAAUUGGUAUGGAUGAGGGCACCUUUUCUGAAAUAUUAUGUGAUCAUGAUGAUGUUAAUCACAUAGAAACAUUAAUUGCAAACAGUAAUGGAGGAUGCAAGUCUGGCCUUCUUAAGAAGAUGAAUACAAAAAAUGCUCACCUAUCCAGUGCAUUUUUAGUUGGAAAGGCUCAAUUGAAACUUAAGUCAAAGAUCUUACUUGGUUUCUGGAGCAUGCUAGACAUAGUGGAGACAUUAGCAGGAGUUUUGCCUGUUUAUCACCCUGAGGCACUCUUUGCCAAUAUAUAUAUAGGCAAUUGGAAACGUGCAUUCAUCUCUGUGAGGCAUCUGGUUGAAUAUCUUAAUUCUCGUUAUAUUUCUGAGAAGAGGGGUUGCCAUCCUAAGAAUAGCAAUAUUAUUCCACAGAUGCCUUUGUCCAAUUACGUUGAAGUGACUCUCUCUAAAAGUUCAACUGAGAACACAUUCCAAUGGGGUGGGAAUGCUACUUUCAUGACAUCAUCCUCACAAUUUCAAAGUGGCAUGAUGCAAUUUGCUUAUGAUUUGGCACCUGAAGCUCCCAGCAAUAUGGUCAGCUUGUCUUCAACAAAAUCUGGACUUAGGGACUUCCUUGAGCCUAUUAAUAAGUUGCAUGAGUUGGCAGCUAUAACCGCAACAGAGAAGAUGCAAAUUCUUGCAAUCAUAGAUUUUCUAAAUGAAGUUAGUAAUCUUCAGUCUGCUUCUAUGUAUGAACAUCUUGAUGAAUCAGGUCGAAGAUUUUGGGUCACAUUAAGGUUUCAGCAGCUGUAUUUUUCUCAAAGGUAUGGUAGAUCACCAUCUUUGGAAGAGCUUGUGAUUGACUCUGAGCUUAUAGUUUGGGCAUUCCACUCCGAUUGCCAGGAAACUUUGUUUGGUUCUGUUCUACCAAAUGAACCAUCUUGGGAAGAAAUGCGGAAUUUGGGUGUUGGAUUUUGGUUUACUAAUGCAACACAGCUGCGCACAAGGAUGGAGAAGUUGGCUAGAAUGCAAUAUCUUAAGAAGAAAGAUCCAAAGGAUUGUACUCUGCUGUAUGUAGCACUAAAUAGACUUCAAGUUUUGGCUGGUCUAUUUAAAAUCAGCAAGGAUGAGAAGGAUAAACCAUUGGUUGGAUUUCUUUCACGAAAUUUUCAGGAGGAGAAAAAUAAGGCGGCAGCUUUGAAAAAUGCUUAUGUCUUGAUGGGGAGACAUCAACUGGAGCUGGCUAUUGCUUUUUUUCUGCUUGGAGGUGAUACUUCUUCUGCAGUUACUGUUUGUGCAAAGAACCUUGGGGAUGAGCAGCUAGCACUAAUAAUAUGUAGACUUGUUGAGGGGCGAGGUGGAUCAUUAGAGCGUCACUUGAUUAAAAAGCUUAUACUUCCAUCUGCAAUUGAGAGAAGUGACUAUUGGCUUGCAAGCCUUCUAGAGUGGGAAUUGGGGAAUCAUUCUCGAUCUUUCCUGAUCAUGCUAGGUAUACAAGUGGAUUCUGCUAUUGAUGCAUCCACUCUUUCAUCCUGUCAUGUUGCUUUCAUGGACCCCAGUAUAGGUCUGUAUUGCCUCACACUAGCAAACAAAAAUAGCAUGAGGAACGCUGUAGGGGAUCAGAAUGCUGGAGUCCUUGCUAGAUGGGCAUCUUUGAUGACUGCUACUUCAUUAAACAGAUGUGGGCUGCCUCUUGAAGCCUUGGAAUGUCUUUCAUCUUCUCUGAGUAUUCUUGGGGGUACAGAUCGAGAGAAUGUAUCAGAUUUUGCAUGUUCUAAAACUUCACUGGGAAUUUUGAAACCUUUUAUCAGUGAUUCCCCUUCCUGGAUAUUGGGUGAUGUUGCUUCACAUCUUGAGUCUUACACUAAAUUAGAUUUGGCACUCCAAUAUAUCUCAAAGUUGAUGAGGGAGCAUCCUAGUUGGCCUCGAACCUGCAUUAGAUCUGCUGGAGUGAACACUUGUUCUGAGGAUUAUGAGAAUCAAUAUCAUAAACUACUUGAAACUUUUCAGCAUAAGUUGCGCACAGGGCUUGCGCAGUUUGAGAAGUUCUCAUUGGUUUCAUCCUGCCUAAUUAAUAUGAUUUUUGUCUUAUUGUACAAUAAUGGGUUUUGGUUCCUUGGAUAUGAUAUAUUACAUGGGUAUUCUCAUGAGCACUCCCAGUAUGAGAAUCAUAUAGUUGACUAUUCCCUCUGGUAUUCCCUUUUCCACAAGCAACUUUUGAAGGUGACUGAGGAUAUCUCCUUAUUGUUUUCGCAUUUUAUUGCUGCCUGCGGCAUAACCUGGUCCCCAUCAAAAUCAUGUUAUAUGGAAAAUGGAGUGUCCCGUGAAGUUAGGUCCAACUGGGUAGAUGCCUGGAGGUGUUACUUUCAAGGGGUCAAACUAUCAUUGUGGAGUUUAAGAGCUGCUAUGAGAAUUUUCUCUGGCAUCUUCAAAGGGGUUGUGACCCAGGAACUUCUUACUCUUCUUGAUUUGUAUGAAUAUUAUGCACAUUUUGCAUCUGCUUGGCUUCAGAAAAAUUCAGAAGGUUUAGUUCUGAUGGUGCAACCCCUCUUAAUUACAUAUACUAAUGGGCAUACUCCUUACGAAGUUGAUAUGUCAGCUCUGAAGAAAAUGUCUCACCAGGUUCUGGAUACAGUGACUCACAAGACAUUGACUGAUGAUUUAAUAGGUGGCCUUGAGGUUGACAGAUGUGCAGAAGACAAACAAGUUGCGGAGCUAUUGCAUUCAAUUCCAGAGGAUGAGAGAUGGCAUAUAAUAGGGGCUUUUCUGUGGCAACACAUGUCCAGAUUCAUGAAACAUAAACUGAAUUCAUUAGCCAUUUCGGAUGACAGUUAUCCUUCUGGUUUUUCCCAUGAUAAACUUUCUUCUUGUGCUGCUGGUUCAUUGGAUUUUGAAUCAGAUAGCAAGAGCAUAAGAGAAAAGAUUAAGUCAUCAUCAUGGAUAUUGGCUAAGUUACUUAAAAUUGCACUUGAACAUAUUUCUUCUUACCAUGUGAAACAACUUGGGUUGUUCUUGCAGCAGAAAAUAGAUAAUGGAUUUCACCUUCCUACUCAUGUGUGGUUGGAGGAAUUUAGAUUGUCUUCUAGGGCUACACAUCAGCCUUUAACUCAGGGUAAAGACAUAACAAACAGCACAAAUCAACUUUCUGGAUUUGAUAUCUUAUGGAAUAUGUGUGCUGAUCCUAUUAUGAUAACAGAAAGUUUUGCUCAAGAGAAAAUAAAUUGGUCAAGUUAUUUUCAUUUUAAGCCUUCCCAAGGAUGGGGUGAACUAUACAAAGACAUUACAGGGGAGCCUGAAAGUGAUGAGUCCCAUAAUCCUGAAGGCAGAACAAGCAAUAGUUCUUUCAGUGGUGAAGCUGGAUCACCUUCUAGGAGUAUGUUUCGGAAUGGCCAUACUUUUCUAAGUUCCUGGCAGAAAGAUACAAUUAUGGAAAAGGAGGUCACACCUUUCCAAAACCCGAAAGAAAUAUAUAAGAGAAAUGGGGAGCUUUUAGAGGCAUUGUGUGUCAACUCCAUUGAUCAAAGACAAGCCGCACUAGCUAGCAACCGAAAGGGCAUAAUUUUCUUUAACUGGGAAGAUGGUUUACCUUACAUAGACCGAUCAGAUUAUAUCUGGUCAGGUGCUGAUUGGCCACACAAUGGUUGGGCUGGUUGUGAAUCAACCCCAGUUCCAACCUGUGUAUCUCCUGGUGUUGGUCUUGGUAACAAGAAAGGGGCUCACCUGGGGUUGGGUGGGGCAACCAUUGGUGUGGGUUCUUUUGCUAGACCAGGGAGAGAUCUGACAGGUGGUGGAGCAUUUGGAAUUCCAGGUUAUGCUGGUAUUGGAGCCUCUGGCUUAGGCUGGGAGAUGCAAGAGGAUUUUGAGGAGUUUGUUGAUCCGCCAGCAACUGUGGAAAACAUCAGUACAAGGGCUUUCUCUAGUCACCCCUCAAGGCCUUUCUUCUUGGUUGGUUCUAUCAAUACACACAUUUACUUAUGGGAGUAUGGUAAGUACAAAGCUACAGCGACUUAUGGAGUGCUGCCUGCUGCAAAUGUUCCUCCGCCAUAUGCUCUUGCCUCAAUAUCAGCUUUGCAGUUUGACCAUUGUGGACACAGAUUUGCUACUGCUGCGCUAGAUGGAACUGUUUGCACGUGGCAGCUGGAGGUGGGAGGCAGGAGUAAUAUCUGUUCAACAGAAUCAUCUCUCUGCUUUAAUAACCAUGCAUCGGAUGUCACUUACGUUACUUCAAGUGGAUCAAUCAUUGCUGCUGCUGGAUAUAGCUCCAAUGGUGUUAAUGUGGUUAUAUGGGAUACAUUGGCUCCGCCUGCAACCUCUCGAGCUUCUAUUAUUUGCCAUGAAGGUGGUGCCCGCUCCAUUGCAGUUUUUGACAAUGACAUCGGAAGUGGUUCUAUUUCUCCCCUAAUAGUAACUGGUGGUAAAAAUGGUGAUGUUGGACUUCAUGACUUCCGGUACAUAGCUACUGGAAGGACUAAAAGGCACAGGCACCAUGAUGGUGUUGAAACUGACAUGAGAACAGGUACUAGUAACCAAUUUCAGGACCAGAAUCUCGAUGGGAUGCUUUGGUACAUACCAAAGGCUCACUUAGGUAGUAUCACCAAAAUAUCUACCAUCCCAACUACCAGUUUGUUCUUAACGGGAAGCAAAGAUGGAGAUGUUAAACUCUGGGAUGCCAAAGCAGCCAAGUUGGUUUAUCAUUGGUCAAAAUUGCAUGAAAAGCACACCUUUUUGCAACCAAGCUCUCGAGGUUUUGGUGGUGUUGUGCGGGCUGCUGUUACUGAUAUUCAAGUUGUGUCACAUGGUUUUCUUUCAUGUGGCGGAGAUGGCUCUGUAAAGCUGGUUCAGCUCGAUGAUUACCGACAUCGAACAUGAAGUUAUGAAGAAACUUAUCUAAGCCCAAAGGGCUGAUUUUUUGGAACAGUGAAGAAAAUUGUACAUUGCAAGAAAUUUUUUGGCAAUGCAAGCUGGAAGCCAUUUUCGUGUUCCUUCAGAACAGACUGCAUUCCCUGAACUUGGUUGACAUUGUGAGCUCUGUGCCUUUGAUAUCAAGAACUCGCUUGGUAUCACCAACAUAUAUCAUCUUUUCCGCAGGUAUUGUUAAUUGCUGGCUAUUGAAAACACAAAUCAUCAGGGAAGCAGAAAAACCGUCUGCGAAUGUUCAUCCCAUCUGCACCUGCAUUGAGGUUUACACUGUGAACAAAAAAAGUGUGAAAAAAACCUGUUGGUGGUGAAUGUUGAAUGUAUGAGAAGAAAAGCAGAUAGAAGUUGGGGUUGUGGGUGCACAUUUCAGUUGUUGGUACUCUUCAUCUACUCCAUUUCCAGUUUUCUCCGUGCCAAAGUGUUUGUAGAUGUUUGUGGGGAUAAAUUUUAGUGUGAUUUUCCAGUAUAUAAACGUAUGAGAAAAACAGAGUUCUUCUCAGUGAUUAUUGUUCUUGUAUAUGUAUACAUAAUUAUUUGAAAGUGGUGAUGAUAUUUUAUGUACAAUAUUUAUUUCUUGACGGUAUUGUGAGAAUGGUUUCUCGAAGUGCAUGGAGAUGAUGGGCUAAGAGGUGUGGGGGGUGCAGUUUGAAGAGAAAGAAAGCGUACAACAUGGCCAGGUGUCGAAACGAAUUGCCUCGUCUCACUUCUCAUGUUGCUUAAUGCAUGGUGUAUGGGUGUUGGUGCUAUUGCAAAAGUUUUUCUCAAAAGUCUAAAAAGAAAAACAACCGAAGACUGUAACUUCCUGUCACUUUUGAAAGGUAAUGUUUAUAAUUUUUUUUAUUUUAAAAUUAUGAUAUUUUAUGUAUUAAAAAAAGUCAUCUCUUCCUACUCUUGAAAAAUGUUUCCCAACCAACUAUAUGGAAUUCCAUUUCCUCUAAUCAUAUUAUGUUAUUAGUAAUUAAUAAAUCAAUAGUAUGCUUGCUAUAUACUUAAUCAACUGCGUAGCUAGUAGCAGUCGGUGGAGUCAAAAAUUGCAAAACAAGCAAAAUGUGUAGCAGCCAAAAAACAAGAAAAGCAAUGGGCAAACCAAACCCCCAUGACUUAUUAUAGCUGCCCCUUGUUUUCUUGCACACCGUAAUUACAUGAAAAAAAAAAAAUCAUAUCAUUCACAGCUGAAUUUUUUAGCUGAAUUUCUUUAAAUGUAGCCCCUUUUCUUCUUCCUAUUUCUUGAUUUCCUUUUAAAAAAAAAAAAUCCGUCUGCGCCGAUAUUGCUUCCAAAAGCAGCGACACUUUUCUAUAAAAUGCUAAAUUCUGUUGGCAUUUCUUUGUAAGUAUUUAUCUAUAUUGUCCUAAAAAAACAAAAAAGAACCGAAAGGUUAGACCCUCGGAUUUUCCUACGUGGCCCUAUCUUUGAAUAUCCUCCCCGUAAUUAAGACAAGAAGAUGGCACCUCUUAUCUUGUAAAUUUUGAUUGGGACCCACUACCG